AUGCGUCUUCUGUUUGACCAUUACAAGCAUAAACUCGGAAUUCAUGGCAGUUCUCCCAUUGUGAUUCAGGAAGAUGAGCAAGAACCUAGUGGAAGUGGGGAUGGGAAGAAGAAAGGGAAGAUUUGGGUUGAUUUCAGGAAAAUGAAAAGAAAUGCCAUUCUGAAAGGAACCAGAAAAAGUUCAAAAUCUGAGUUUGAUAGGUACCUUGAGGAGGAGGAGGAUGAUGAAGUGGUUACACGAGCAUUGGUGGGUUCAGAAGAGGAUGAAUAA